UCCAACAAAUAAAAAAAUGUCAACAAUGUUUAUGUGACUCCUAUUUUCUCAAAUAAUUCAAAAUUCUGUUCUUAAAAAUGGAUUCCAAUGACACCACUGACGAUAAGGACAGUGGGCCAGAGGUCCAGAUCAACUUUCCAAAUUCUGUGAUGAGCAGAAUCGAAGAAUUGAUGGGGGGAACUGAACAGUUCGACAACACUGAAUUUGAUGCAGUAGCGUACAUCAAUCGAGUGUUCCCCACUGAGCAAUCCCUCUCCGGGGUGGAGAGUGCCGCUGCUCGCUGUGAGUUCCGCCUCUCUGGAGUGGAACAAGACAUUAGGCGGCUAGUGCGGGCGCAAGCUGAACAGAGAGAGGCCGGCCAGCAGGCUUUGCUUGAUGCCCAGAGGUGUAUUGCUGAGUUGGCUCUGCAGGUAGCAGAUAUAAAUAAAAAAGCGGAGCGCAGUGAGAGCAUGGUGAGGGAGAUAACCUCAGAGAUCAAGCAGCUGGACUGUGCCAAGUCAAACCUGACGGCCGCCAUCACAGCGCUUAACCACCUGCACAUGCUGGUGGGCGGGGUGGACACGCUGAAGACCAUGACCGACAGCCGCCAGUACAAGGAGAUAGUGCUGCCCAUGCAGGCCAUUAUGGAGGUGUUGCAGCACUUCUCGUGCUACCGUGAGAUCCCCGAGCUGUGUGCGCUGCGUGAGCGCGUGCAGGCCACCCGGGCUCUGCUCGCCGCGCAGAUACUCGCAGACUUCAACCAGGCCUUCACAGCGGGCAGCAAGGGCAUGGUGUCUCACAAGACGCUGGCGGAGGCCUGCGGCGUGGUCGACAUCCUGGAGCCCAAGGUGAAGCAGGACCUACUCAAGUGGUUCAUAGACAUGCAACUGCAGGAGUACCGGCACCUGUUCUCCGCGGAGCAGGAGAGCGCGUGGCUGUCGCACGUGGAGCGGCGCUACGCGUGGCUCAAGAGACACCUGCUGUCCUUCGAGGAGUCCCUCGGGAGCCUGUUCCCGGCCGCGUGGCGCCUCAGCGAGCGGGUCGCGCACCGCUUCGCGCAGAUGACCCGGUCGGACCUGAGUUCGUUGCUGUCGUCUCGCCGCGCGGAGGUGGACGUGAAGCUGCUGCUGUACGCCAUACAGAAGACCUACAACUUCGAGCUGCUGCUCCACAAGAGGUUCACAGGCACGGAUCUGGAGACUACCAACUUGGAGAGCACCACAGAUAAUCAGAUCGACUUCGACGCCGACGUCACGGAGCAGGAGUCGGGGGGCGGAGCGCCGGCCGCCAGCUCGGGCUCCGCGUGGGUGGGGCUGAUCGGCGGGUGCUUCGAGCCGUACCUCUCUCUCUACAUACACUCGCUGGACGCCAACCUGCGCUCCUUCAUGGACAGGUUCCUGCAGGAGGCUCGUGCGACGGACGGCGAAGCCGGUGGUGCCGGUGGUGGCAGUGGUGGUGGUGGUGGCGGUGGUGGCGGUGGUGGCGGCGGUGGCGGCGCUGUGAUCGCGAGCUGCGCGGACCUGUUCGUGUUCUACAAGCGAUGCCUGGUGCAGUGCGCGCGACUCACCACCGGGGAGCCCAUGCUCGAGCUGGCGGGGGUGUUCCAGAAGUACCUCCGCGAGUACGCGUCGUCUGUGCUGCAGGCGGCGCUGCCGCAGCGCGGUGUGGCGAGCGUGGCGAGCAUGGCCAGUGUGGCGAGCGUGGCCGGCGUGGUGGGCACCGUGCCCAGCCUGGUCACCAACCUGCACACGCUGCUCAAGGACGACGCCGCCGCCACCGCCAGGUACUCAAAGCAGGAGAUAGCGAAGAUCACCAGCGUGAUCACCACGUCGGAGUACUGUCUGGAGACCACCAUCCACCUGGAGCAGAAGCUCAAGGAGAAGGUGGCCCCCGGGCUCGCAGACAAGAUAGACCUCGUGCCUGAACAGGACCUCUUCCACAAGAUGAUCACCAACUGUAUUCAGAUGCUGGUGCAGGACCUGGAGGCGUGCUGCUGGCCGGCGCUGCAGGCGAUGACUCGGAUCUCGUGGCAGCAGCUGGCGGCGGUGGGCGACCAGAGCUCGUACGUCACACAGCUGGUGAUGCAUCUCAAGAACGCAGUGCCCACCCUUCGCGACAGCCUCGCCUCCUCCAGGAAGUACUUCACGCAGCUCUGCAUACGAUUCGCCAACUCCUUCAUACCCAAGUUCAUCCAGAACAUCUACAAGUGCAAGCCCAUCUCGACCGUGGGCUCCGAGCAGUUGCUGCUGGACACGCACAUGUUGAAGACAGCGCUGCUGGAGCUGCCCUCCAUAGGUUCCGAGGUGAAGCGGCCUGCACCAGCCAUGUACACGAAAGUGGUGAUAAAACUGAUGACCAAAGCGGAGAUGAUCCUCAAACUGGUGAUGGCGCCGCUGGACGGCAACCCUGAGGGUUUCGUGAGCCAGUUCGUGCAGCUGCUGCCGGAGAGUACCCUCGCGGAGUUCCACAAGGUCCUCGACAUGAAAGGCGCCAAGUUAUCGAAGACUCAGCUUAGCUCAUUAGAUUCACUGUUCAAGGAGACCACCAAAUCAAACAAUAGUAAUAUUAAUAAGUAAUACGAUUUAGAUUCUGUUCGGACUUCAAUUGUGACUAACAUUAGUCUGUACGUGAGUCGAAAAUAUUAAUUGAAAAAAUGAUGUUUAGGUUUCAAGAUACUCAUCUUCAUCCUCGCCUCUUCCCGUUACUCGGGGUCGGCUUUUCUAAUCCUUUCCCGCCAUAUAUUGCGCUGGUAAGCAUCGUCAUUUGACAGGUCCAACUCCUUCAAGUCCCUUAGGACAUUUUUUUUUAUGGAUGAUAAUGGAAUUGUGAACCCGCCUGUGCUAACGGUUUACGCUGGCGGGGCACUAGUGAAGGAUGAUAAGAUGAGCAUAAGGUCAGGUCAGUUAGCACAUCGUGAUCAAUUCACAAUUUAUCACGAUGGUUUCUGGUGGGAACUGCGUGGAGGUCAACCUGACAUGGUACAUUGCU